AGCAGCUCUCUCAGCCCCGCUGCAAUAAAGGCAGAUAGCGGACCAUGGGGAGCAAGGGGGGGGGAACUUUUUUAUACUGACAUGUCAGCGCUAUGACUUUAGACUAAGACUUGACUGGGGCCAGGCUCCGGGCGUGAGGAGCGUGCAAGUUGUUGUUUCUUUCGGGAUCAAAAAAGGAGAACGCUACUUCUCGCCCCCCGAGGAAAAAAGGCACCAAGAAACGAGUUCCAUUGAAAGUUUCAGCGGUGGCAAGUCGAGUUCAGCCCUUUGGAUUGAAGAUGAGCUUAUUGUCUGCCAUCGACACGAGUGCCUCGGUGUACCAGCCUGCGCAACUCCUCAACUGGGUCUAUCUCUCCUUGCAAGACCCCCACCACCAGACCAGCGCCUUUGACGCAUUCAGACCCGAGCCCAACUCUUCCCACCCGGACCUCAACUUCAGCAAGAGUCCCGCUUCGGCCGACUUGAGCUCUUCUCUGAACUCCAACUAUCUCAACAACUUCUUUCAGCUACAACGCAAUGAGGCCUUAAACAACAACGUGUAUAAGAACGUAUCGCCCUACGGCUCCCUGAACAACAUCGUGGACGGACUCAACUCGCUGACGGACCACUUCUCCGACCUUUCCCUUUCAUCGGAGCCGAGAAAGCCCAACAAGAGACCGCCGCCUAAUUAUUUGUGCCACCUGUGCUUCAACAAGGGUCAUUACAUCAAAGACUGCCCUCAGCGGGCGGACCCGUCUGCAGUCUCUCUCUGGCUCACUCCCUCAUGCUGCCUCUCUAUAUCUCGGCUCUGACCUACUUGUAAAACAGGCCGGCCUCUGUCUUCGGAAGUCAUGUGUGCGAGUGUGUGCGUGUAUUUGCGCGCUCGCCUUCCUCUUGACCGCAAUGCGUUCAAGCGGCCGCUAGGAAUCAUCCGGCGUAAUAAACAAGUCAGGCUAGUUCAAAGGUUAA